CAUUUUUGUAAUAAAACCCAACUUUUUAGGGUGCAACACGUUGCACCUUAAUGUGCAACUGUUAUUUUUAUGACUUUAUGAUGUGCAAUACUUUGAACCUCAAUAUGCAAUGCAAAUAACGUCAAGGUGCAUCGUACAAAUAUUUGCACAAUAAGCACACUUUGUACUUGAUCUUUCCCCUAUAUCCUAUAUACCUAAAAGCAAAAUCACUCUCCCAAGCUCUUUCCCGCUUCUCUUUCCUCUCCAUUUACUCAGCCAUUUACUUCAUCUACGGUUACAAUUCUCUCUUUAUCAGCCAUUACGCCUUCAUUAUUUUUUUCUUGCCGUUUCACUCAAGGGAAGCGAUAAACCCAUUCACCGCCAGAAAUCUCGACCUGCAGAUUUCCGUUUCAUAGGUCGGCAAUAAAUUCAUGCACUCCUUCCGUUUCUUUCACAUUUCAGCAUAUAACAAAACUGAGCUCCCUACACAAUCAGCAAAUCAACAUGCAAAUCUUCAAUUGUCAUUGUAGAAUUAACUUGCUCCCGCAAAUCCGGUCUUAUGAAGGUGUGGAGUCAGUUGAACUGGGAUUUUCAGAUUGGUAAUGAGACAACUUUUAUGAAGUACUUAGACCGGCUAGGAGCAUUGUUGCAGGGCUGUAAAAUUUCUGCAGGGCUGCCACCAGUUCAGGGAGCAAAUCUGGUGGGCAGCUGCAGGCCGCUGGGGUUUGGCUGUUUUAAGGAUGCUUCAAUUCAUUCUACGGACACUCCAAUGGCUAAUUCCACCGUGGAGGUACCGAGGGUUAUGAUGACAAGAAGUGAAAAAAACUUCAUUUUGGUAAAUCCUUUUCUUCAGCUUAUAAAAUCAUGACAAGGUCCACUUUAUUCCUAUGAAAAGCAUGCUGUGUUGAUAUUUUUACCUAAUUAUUACUCCGUAUUAUUAUUGAGGUAAUUAACUGAUUAUUGAUUUCUAAUGAAUUCCUUUUAGGGAUGUUUUCUAUUUAAAUAAACCGAUGAUGAGUUUGCGGUAAAAUGACUCACUUCUAUUUAUGCUUGAAAAUAUCAAACAUAUAAAGAGUGUUCACUUUUUUUUAUUUCCCUAAUCUGUAAAAAAUAAUCUGUAUUCAAAUAUAGGUUUAGUUGUAAAAUGUAGGUUUGUCCUAAGAAGAAUCUUUUUUCUAUCUUUGAAUCGGUUUUAAAGAAAAUGUUAACUUUUUAUUUUCAUCUUAUACUAUCAGUACUAUGUAACAUGAUAAUUAAGUGUCCACUCUGUUUUAUUUGCCCAGACUGUAAAAAUAAUCUUUAUUCACAUGUAUGUAUAGACGGUAUAGUUGCAAAAUGUACUUUUGCCCUUUUUGGGUGGAAAAUGCCGUUUUUAUCGUAAUGCAUACUGCACUAUUUGCUUUCUUGCUUAUUUCGUGUAUUAUGGAACCCGUUUCCUUUCCUUUUACUUCUACUUGAAAAGUAUCAUUAUUUUCUUCCCUAGAUAUAAUUCAGUAUUGCGAUGGUAAGAAGUGAAAAAAAAUGCUUUUUACAGACAACUCUAUUUUAUUAGCCAUUUACGUAUCCAACCAACACUUUGUACUGUCUAAGGUUAUUUGCCUCUUUUUAAUUUGUCCUCUAUUAUUUGUUCCUCUUCAUUUUCUGUUUUGAAUGUGUUUCUUCAUUCCUUCUUCUUCUAGAUACUUUGUAGAGUCCAAUAAGAAGUUAUGAUUCAUUUUUUCAUCUUAACCAUACACUGAUGCUAAAUUUGCAGGAUAAGUCAGUAGCAAAUUAUGAUAUCUGCUAUUAUAAUUACAUUUGUGCUGAUAACAGGUGGCAACUGGCAAGCUAUUUAUUUCUUUAAUUUAUGUGAAAACAAUACCAUAAGAAUUGAUGCAAAUAUUAGUAAGCCAUACUUUGUCCUCUUAGGAAAUCGUUUAUCCUAGCAAAAAAUACAUAAUAGCGGCAAAGUCAUUUGUGUUAAUGUGGAGAUUUGACUAAUUUGUCCUCUUCUAUACCUCCUUGCAGUUUUGGUUUCUGUUCUUUGCAUUUUUUUACUUCAUAUCAUUGGUUGUUCAAUACUGAUGAAUAUUAGAUAUACUCACUAUUUAAGAACUUUACAAUGUGAGUAAGUCAUUAAUAAGUGAUGUUCUACAUAGAAUUCAGAGCAGGCACAUACAAGCUACAAUUGAGAUUCAGAAAUGCCUAUAUAUUGAGUUUAAGGAUGACAUAAGGGAGCACAAAUUUUUUUGGAAUGAUGCACUUUGAAUUUAGGACUAAUAAUAGUGUUUUCAAGCUUGUGGUUGCCGCACUGGGGUAAUGCCAAUGACAUUGGAUUGGGUGGGGGCAAGGGCGAGCUCAAUAGGUAAUGGUGUGAGAUUUUGAAAUUGUAUGGAAUAGUAUAGAAUCCAAGAGAUUGUAAUGAAAUUCUACACAAUUGAAUACCCUUCAGAUCUGUGGAUGAAGUUGUGAGUGACGAUUUCAAAACAGAGUGUUCAUGGUGUGACAGGGAAUCCUUGAUGGAGCUUCUCCACAUCCGUCUUUAGCCUUGCAUUGUUGCUAGGGAGUCUGAAUAGGAAGAUAGUGAUAAGGGCUUUUCAGGAGUUCGAAUUUGUUGAAGUAAGGGCUCUCUUCUCGGCGAUAGUUAAUGGAGAAAAAUGAACAUGAAGAAACUGAAAUCAUCGGAUGAUCGAAAUCCAUUAAAAUAUUAAGGAAUGGUGGUGUUUUGAGUUGAAUUCUUUCAUUUACAUUUAAGCUUUCAAAUCCACAUAAAUUCUUAUAAAUUGAAGAGUGAAAAUAAUGAAAUUUUUAGGACAAUAGAUUUUGUCGGAUUCCAAUAAAGUCUAUAUUGAGGAUCUUAGAUUGCUCAAAGUUUUAACAAUUCUACACAAUCCUAAAUGAGGACAACCCCUAGGAAAAUCUUAUGAGAUUUGAUGAUAUUGGUCAUAUAACUAUAUAACUGAGAAAUAUAUUAAGAGCCAUUCAAAUUGAAAGAAGUGAGACAUUAUUAAAAUCUAUUUAAAAUGUUUCAAUCAGAUAUAUGAUAUACAUGCUUGAAAUUUAGCAUAUUAUUCCGGUGUAGAAAUGAUUGAAUGACACAAUGAAUGAUUUUUUAAAUUUAAUGUCCCG